CAGAGACGGAGGAGGCCCGGCAGCUCCGCGGCAGAGGUGUUGAAGAGGCCCGAGAGGGCUCUGUUCUCCGCAAGACGGGCUGGCCGGGGGGCUCUGCUUUCUGGGUUCUAGGCAGCACAGCAGAGCCAAAAUGAGUGCAACAGGGACAGGGACAGGGACAUUGAGCGACACACGGGAACUUGAGGAGGAGUACGACGGUCCAGACGGGGUGGACGGGCUGGCCGGGCUCGUGGAACUGGUUCUUCGUGCCGUGCAGAACGCCUUCAUCUACGGGUACCGGGUCCGGUUUCUACACAGCGUGGCGUACCAGCUGGCGACGGCAAAGCCCCAGAAAGGGCUACUGGAGCUGCUGGGAAAGGUGUGGAAGAGCGUCCGGCUGGGCGUCGACCACGGGAAGGUGCUUGCCAUUUUUGCCAUUGUGUACCGCAGCAUGCUUUUGCUGGCGAAACGGCUGAGGGCCUCCUCCAAACAGGGACAUAGCCAGCUCAGCAAUCACUUCGUCGCCGGGUUUGUCGGCGGUGUGCUUGUAUACGGCGGGCUGCUGCAGCGGGCUGUCCGCCGGCGGCGGACGAAGGGAGACCCACCAACGCUGGUCGGCACGCUGCUGGCGAUGAACGAGGGAAUCCUCUCGCAGAUCACCAUGUACACGAUGUCCCGGCUCAUCAUCGCCGGCGGCAAGGACCUUGCCCGUGUCGUGGUCGACACGAAAAACCGGCACAGCAGCAACAAUGGCAGCAGGUCCCGAUCCAGAGACAAGGACAUCGCCGCCAUUGCCUCGGUCUCGUGGGUCCUCACCUGCGGCCUUGUCUGGGGUGGCAUCAUGGUGUACUACCAGCGGGACAGACGACUGGGCAGAGAUUCAGGCCCGGACCCUGACAAGAGACUGCUUUAUCUUCCCCGGGCUUUGCAAGUGAGUCUGGAGUUCAUCUACGGGGGCGUCCGCCACGCGUGGAGAGAGGCCUUCGACUACAACAGCCGCUGACCUCGUCCACUUCACUGUCGUACGGCAACUCACGAGACCUCGGGUCCGUCGCCGCGUAGUUGUGUGCUAUCACGGCGGACCGUGGCCCAUGUGUGGCGUCCCGACAGACGGCGGACACGCUGCAACACUGUUCCAGACGGACAUCCCGUUGUGGUGGCGGUGGGCGGCUAUGGCCCCAACAAUGUCUGUCUGUGCCACCGGUUCU